CCGGGGUCCCAGCCUUUAGGGCCGGGGCCGCCGCCGCCGCCGCAGGACGGGGAGGCGGGCCAUGGCAUCUUGCGUGGGGAGCCGGACCCUGAGCAAAGAUGAUGUGAACUACAAGAUGCAUUUCCGGAUGAUCAACGAGCAGCAAGUGGAGGACAUCACCAUCGACUUCUUCUACCGGCCACAUACCAUUACCCUGCUCAGUUUCACCAUCGUCAGCCUCAUGUACUUUGCCUUCACCAGGGAUGACUCUGUCCCAGAAGACAACAUCUGGAGGGGUAUCCUCUCUGUUAUUUUCUUCUUUCUUAUCAUCAGUGUAUUAGCUUUUCCCAAUGGUCCGUUUACCCGGCCUCAUCCAGCCUUAUGGCGAAUGGUUUUUGGACUCAGUGUGCUCUACUUCCUGUUCCUGGUAUUUCUCCUCUUCUUGAAUUUCGAGCAGGUCAAAUCCAUAAUGUACUGGCUAGAUCCAAAUCUUCGCUAUGCCACCAGGGAAGCUGAUGUCAUGGAUUAUGCGGUAAACUGCCAUGUUAUCACCUGGGAGAGGAUUAUCAGCCAUUUUGAUAUAUUUGCAUUUGGGCAUUUCUGGGGCUGGGCCAUGAAGGCCUUAUUGAUCCGUAGUUACGGUCUCUGUUGGACAAUCAGUAUUACCUGGGAGCUAACUGAGCUUUUUUUCAUGCAUCUUCUGCCCAAUUUUGCUGAGUGCUGGUGGGAUCAAGUCAUCCUGGACAUCCUCUUGUGCAAUGGCGGUGGCAUCUGGCUGGGCAUGGUGGUUUGCCGGUUCUUAGAGAUGAGGACUUACCACUGGGCAAGCUUCAAGGACAUCCACACCACCACGGGGAAAAUCAAGAGAGCUGUGCUCCAGUUCACUCCUGCCAGCUGGACCUAUGUUCGAUGGUUUGAUCCCAAGUCUUCAUUUCAGAGAGUGGCUGGAGUCUACCUUUUCAUGAUCAUCUGGCAGCUGACUGAGUUGAAUACUUUCUUCCUGAAACACAUCUUUGUGUUCCAAGCCAGUCACCCAUUAAGCUGGUGUAGGAUUCUCUUUAUUGGAGGCAUCACAGCUCCCACAGUGAGACAGUACUACGCAUACCUCACCGACACGCAGUGCAAACGCGUAGGAACACAGUGCUGGGUGUUUGGGGUCAUUGGCUUCCUGGAAGCUAUUGUCUGCAUAAAAUUCGGACAAGAUCUCUUCUCUAAGACCCAAAUACUCUACGUCGUGCUGUGGCUUCUUUGCGUGGCUUUUACCACCUUCCUGUGUCUGUACGGCAUGGUCUGGUAUGCAGAACACUACGGUCACCGAGAAAAGACUUACUCGGAGUGUGAAGAUGGCACCUACAGCCCAGACAUCUCCUGGCCUCACGGAAAAGGUACAAAAGGUUCUGAGGACAGCCCACCCAAGCACCCAGGCAACAACGAGAGCCAUUCUUCUAGGAGAAGGAAUCGACAUUCCAAGUCAAAAGUCACCAAUGGAGUUGGAAAGAAAUGAAAGACGCUGGUUGAGCAAAGAUGUUCCAGAGAGUGCCUAGAACGGGGAGGGAACGGAACUCAUUCGGACCUCCCUGUUAGGUCAUAAACAAACUGCGCGAUGGGAAGAGAGGGGACUUGGGGGGGGGAGGGGCCAUUAUUGGAGCGUGUAAGCCUGUUUCCACGCAGACCUGGCCUCAGCGGGGAGGUCAUUGUCUGGGGUACUCGCCAGUUGGGGUUCUCCUCUAACUCCAGCCCUUGACAUGCGGUCACCGGGAGCCGUGCAGUGUGGCACGGAGGGGUAGCUCUUUACUCAGAGUUGCGGAGAGCAGCUUUGUGCUUAUGUGUGUUAUGGAUGCAGGUGACACACUUCUACCUGGAUGAGGCAUUCACUACGUGGUUAACGGACUGGUCAUCAGUUUUGUUUUUUUGUUUUUUUUUUUUUUACGAAUCUGCCUUUCACACUGAGUGACUGGCUGACGUGCAGGCCACUUUACUGUCUGUUGUUGUUAUUUGUUUUUAAUGUCAGGAUACGUAAAAAUCUUCAGAAGCCACUGCUGAACUGGAAUGGGGAACGUGUCCCCACUCUUCUGAGGAAAAGAACAGGAGAGAGCUUUUAUAUUACUAUUUAGCAACCUCAUCCUCCUUUUAGGACCUUAAUUAAACCACAUGGCAGGUGUGAACCAGUCCGAGGAAAGUUAAGCUACCAACCUGGGAUCCUGGGCUUCCGGUCAGAACCCCUUUGGUCCGUUGCACAUGUCAUUGUCCUGACGCUCCCACGGUGUACAGAAGCAAGCCUGUUGGAGAGGCAUAAACACCAUGGCUUCUCCCCCAGCCAGGUGCCUUCUACAUUUUACUUGUCCUCCUUCCAUGGUGUACUGCUGACGUUGUCUUAGUCUCACGUGAGGUGCUGGUGAGUAUUACCUUUCAUCCGUGCCAUGCACUAGGCCUUUGCCCCAAUAGUUCACCUCCAAUGGAUCCCUGUUUUAAAUAAAAUGAUUCACAUUCAAGCCCAUCAAA